AGACCAAGCAGCAGCAGCAGGACUCCAAGAAACAGCUGAUUAGUAUCUUGUGAAGAAACUGCAGGAGAUCAUUCAAGCAGAAUGCAUUGCUUUGCUGUCCUGACUCUGCUGGCAGCCUCCGCCGUGGCUGAAUAUGUGGGGGAGUCGCCCUCCUACUCCUUCGACCCCCCGGUGGGCUCUGGCAGCGGGACGCCCUACAGCAUCAGCGGGGAGGGCAGGAUCACCGCCGUCAGAGUGUGGGAUAACUACAACUACGUCUACGGAUUGCAGUUCCGCUACGGCACGGUGUGGUCGCCUCGGGCUGGCAUCCAGGUGGGCAUCAUCAAGGAGUUCGAGCUGUUGGAGGGCGAGGUCAUCGUCCAGGUCUCCGGGAAGUACAGCCACUACGUCAACUGGCUGGUGUUCGUCACCAGCCUGGGCCGCUCCAUGUUCAAUGGCCAGCCGUCGGGGCACUCCUUCAACAUGUACGCCCCCAAAGGCAGCGAGCUGGUCAUCCUGAGCGGCCGCUACCACGGCGCGCUCACCUCCGUGGGGGCGCACUGGGCCGUGAUCCCUCAGCCCGACUCCAACUCCAGCAACUCCAAACAUCUGUAAAAGACACAGUUUUUGGUGGAUUUUAAAUAAAAGACCAUUUUCGUUCUGUGCUUCUCUUUUCAGGCCUGUUCGAACAGUAGCAAAACAAGACCAGCAUCAUGUAACUUCUCAUGACUUCUGUUGCUUUUUCAAAAGUUUUUUCUCCAUAAAUUAGGUUUUUGAGUUGAUGAAAACGCCUUCUGUGACAAAUGUAUUUAUUUCUGUUCGCUGAGAAACUUAACUGACAAUAAAAGUUUUGAGGAAAA